CGGCAGUUGGCGGGCGACACGUCAUCCGUGCGGGCCAUGCGGCGCUGAUUGGCCGAGAGCUGCAGCGGGAGGUUACGGGGACAUCCGACCGACAACAAAUAAAUACCACGACAUUGUCAGAAAGAGAAAGGUGGGAGGAAAGAGCAAGAUCGGUAAGCGGGGAGGCGCAUCCCCGUUACAGCACCAGUUAUUCCCAUUCCCAGCACAGCAGAAUGUGUAGUUUGAGGAGUUUUUGGAGUCACUUGUGCGCAGUUUAUCGAGCACGAUAGACAGUUCCAAAACCAAUCUACUGAGUAGGAGGGAAGGCUCCUUUCUUUGUGUGUGAAUCGGAUCUGUUCACCAGGGACAUAUCAUCAUGGGAAAAACUUACCUCAUUGGAGAGUACAGUGAGAAAUAUCUUAAAAAACUGAAGGGAGAAGAACGAUAUGGAACAACUGGUGUUUUGCUGGGGCAGGCUACACCAUCGAAAACCUACAUAAUAUUUGCUGCUCGAACUCCACUUAAAGAUGAGGCUGAGCUUCCACCAGAUAAUCCAGAUGAAAUGAAUGCAAGUGACAUCGAGUGGAUGGCUGAGCAUGCUCGACAGGUUUCCAGGAUGUUACCAGGUGGAAUAUUGGUACUUGGGAUAUUUCUUAUCAGACCAGCAAAAAUGUCAAAAGAAGAAGCUCAGGAUAUCUUCCGGAAAUUGACAAAUGCUGUUGAGUCUGCUGUUGCAAAGGAAAGGCUCUGGAAUUUUGCAGAAGAUGAACCACCUGAACGAAUUGUUCUCCAAAUCUAUGCUGAUUCAAAGAAAAUGAAGUUACGAAUUUUUGAUAUUCACAAUCCACAGACUCCACCUAAAUUGAUAGAUUAUAAAUCUAGUAGCUUGACAUCUGCCUGGCAACUUGUGGAAGCUACUAUCAACGUGGAUAUUCAUAUCCCUGUAGCAGCAACUGCCGAAAAUCAACUUGAGAAGAAUUCAUUGAAAGGUCUGAACGUUUGGGCAAAACAGAUGAUGCAGAGCAAUUACUUGAUAGGUGGAUAUUACAAAGACGCAGAAAGCAUUAUUGGUGAAGGAUCAAAAAAGAAGACACCAGUGGAAAUCCAAUUUCUGACAUCUCCUCCUGAAAUCAGUCCAGACGACACUGUAGCUGUUAUAGAGAGCUGUGGCAGUGGUAUUUAUGUGAAGGGCACAGUGCGAUGUAGAGCCUAUCUUCAUGGCAGUAAAGCAAAAGUGAAAGAUGCCAUCCAGUCACUGAAAAGAGAUGUGCUGAACACUGUGUAUGUUCGCUGUGAAAUGGUGUGUGAGGAUCGAAUUGUAAACAAAGGUGGUGAUGCUGGUGAUUCUGCAACCCAUAGAGCUCCACAUAGAGUUUUUGCCUCAACCCUGCCUUCCGGUGUUGCUUUUUGUGAUUAUGGAUUUUCAGACGAGGGAAGUAAGGACCUGGAAGAACGUUAUAAGGAACUGUUGGAUUAUGAUCUACAUCCAGCACAGUUGGAAAGAGUUGAAGAAACGAUGUUGGAAGAGAUGGGGGUCUCUCCUACCAAAGAACCAGAACUAAAACUGUUCGAAGAAGAGGAGGAGGAAGUAAUUAUAGAGACUGGCUUUAAAUACACAGGCAUGGCAGCAGCAGCAGGUGUAGGAGUCAUCGCAAUCGCAGUCUCUGUCAUUGUUUACUUCAUUGCAGGAUCAGUUUGAGCCAUGAAUAACAGCAAUCCAUCUCCCUUUUCAAGGAACAUAUAAAAUCCAGUUCCCAUGCUUUUUUGACGGAAACUGUAUUCUCAUCUCCAUUUGAAUAAAAGCAUAACAGAGCGAGAAA